UUUCAGUUCUAAUUUCUCUCGUUCUGCAGAACAAGAAGGUUUCGUUUCGAUGUUUCGUGGAUCACGUGCUGUUCUUGCGCUGAGAAAUGGGAAUUAGAUAAAUGGAAGAACAUUCGAAUAAAUGAAAGCGAAUAUGCUUAGAUCGUGCCAACUGCCAACGGCGUAUUUUCGUCGCGGUUCUUCCUUAAACGGGUUACGGUCGGCCAUCAAUCGGGUUUUCGAUUAUGUCAUGCUCGCGAUCCUCUGUGAUUAAUGGAGAGUCUUGACGUUGCCGAUUAACCAUGAAUAUUAUUAUUAGGUUCUUUCUUAUCUUCGAAUUGGUUGACCGCUUCAACAUUGAUUAGCUCGGUGGUUUAUCCAUCUGGGUUUCAUGUUACAAUUUUUUAAUUAAAUUGAUUGAUUGAUUGGCUGGUUGUUUGAUUCCGAUUGUUCUUGAGAUCGUAGUCUAGGAAAAUCGUGAUCUGGGUUACUCGUGUAUGUAGUUUUCUCUUUAGUUUUAGGAGUUUUGGUGAUAUAUGAUCCUACGAUCAUUGAGAUAAAACAUUGGCCCCUCGAUUUUAUGGGGGAAAUUAUAAAAAUUACUAUAUGAUGGCUGAAAAUUUUAUAGUUGUGAUCCGGGUGGUCUGAGGAAUCAGGAUAUUGGACGAUGAACGCUGUGGGGCUACUAGGUAGUUACAUUUCAAGGGGUGUUUAUACAGUUUCUGGGCCAUUUCAUCCGUUUGGUGGAGCUGUGGACAUUGUUGUAGUUGAACAGCAGGAUGGUAGUUUCAAAUCAUCGCCUUGGUAUGUCCGGUUUGGGAAAUUUCAAGGUGUUUUGAAGACAAAGGAGAAGGUGGUCAGCAUAAUUGUAAAUGGGGUUGAAGCUAAUUUCCAGAUGUAUUUGGAUCACAAAGGGGAGGCUUAUUUUUUGAGAGAAGUUGAUGUUGAAGGAGAAUCUGGAUUGUAUCCUUCAUUUUCAGGUGAUGUGGCUGAUGGGAAAUUGCAGCUGGGUCUGGAUGGUAGAAGUAUCCUUAGUUCCAAAAGUUGCAAUUAUGAUGCUAGGUGUUCGAUAGAUGGGAUUGAGAAGAGUAUAGAUAGUGGGAAGAUAAUGAUGAAGAGUAGCUCCCAACGGACACAGGUACUUGGAUUUGCUUGGGGUCGUAAAUCAAUCAAAGAAGAUCAUCAUCAGGACACAUCUGUUGCAAGGGUUGACUCACUAGAGCGUGCUGAGAUUGCAGCUGAUCUUUUAGAGGUUAGGUGGUCUACCAAUCUUCGUGCAGAAAAGGUUGAGAAAGCAGAUACUUCCAAGUUUUCUUCCAUUGAUACUUCAGAUGACAAGGAUGAGGAAAAUUUGAAGAGAGAUGAUGGGAGCGGCUGCCUGACAUCAGCUGUAGAAGGUAACAUGGGGAAGAGUCUUGAUGAAGACUGUGGUUCCUGCAGCGAGCAAGUAACCAAUGCCUCUCAAUGGGAAUUGGAAAACCUAGAGCUGUCUACUGAGGUUAGUAAGGAAAUGUCAAGUUUAAACACCAAGGAUCAAGUGGUUGAAACUUCCACUAUUGGGGAAAAGGUUUUUGAAGGAAAAUAUGAGGUUAAAUAUGCAUCAAGAGAUAUUGAACAGAAUGCUAAAGAUACUAUGCAUGUGACAGGAACCAUCUCUGAGAAUACAGAGAUGUCAAGUUUAAACACAAAGGAUCAAGUGGUCGAAACUUCCAUUAUCGAGGGAAAUUCUUCUGAAGGGAAAUAUGAGGUUAAAUCUGCAUUAACAGAUGUUGAACAGAAUGUCGAAGAUGCUACGCAUGAGAUAGGAACCAUCUCUGAGAAUACAGAGAUGUCAAGUUUAAAUACAAAGGAUCAAGUGGUUGAAACUUCAAUUAUCGAGGAAAAUGCUUCUGAAGGGAAAUAUGAGGUUAAAUCUGCAUUGACAGAUGUUGAACAGAAUACCGAAGAUACUACGCAUGAGAUAGGAACCAUCUCUGAGAAUACAGAGAUGUCAAGUUUAAAUACCAAGGAUCAAGUGGUUGGAACUUCCAUCAUCUGUGAAAAGGCUUUUGAAGGGAAAUGUGAGGUUGAAUCUGCAUCAAGAGAUAUUGAACAGAACGCUGAAGAUACUAUGCAUGUGACAGGUACCAUCUCUGAGAAUACAGAGAUGUCAAGUUUAAACACCAAGGAUGAAGUGGUUGAAACUUCCAUUAUUGGGGAAAAGGCUUUUGAAGGAAAAUAUGAGGUUAAAUCUGCAUCAAGAGAUGUUGAACAGAAUGCCGAAGAUACUGUGAAUGUGACAGAAACCAUCUCUGAGAUGUCAAGUUUAAACACCAAGGAUGAAGUGGUUGAAACUUCCAUUAUUGGGGAAAAGGCUUUUGAAGGAAAAUAUGAGGAUAAAUCUGCAUCAAGAGAUAUUGAACAGAAUGUCGAAGGUACUAUGCAUGUGACAGGAACCAUCUCUGAGAGUACAGAUUCCAAAUCCCAGAUUUCAUUGUUGAAGGAUUGUGACUUAUAUUUUGGAGAGAACUUUAUUGGACGGUGUUUAUCUGAUGAAACAAGUAUUUUUUCCGAAGACAAAAGUGUACCUGAUGGAGUCCAAUCCUUGAUAUUCCAUGAAACUUCCAAGAGCUCGAUGUUGAAUUUGGAUGAUUCAGGGGUACUGACUCAUAAAGACUCCCACCUGGCUAAUGGAGAAUGUGAGAUCAUCGGUGUUCAUACUGAGGAAUUGCAUGUGACAACUGAAGUUCAUCCUAAGGAUACAGAGUCUAGUGUGGUAGCAGAAGAUUUUGAGAUAGAAACUGAAAAAAUUGUUCUUGUGAACUAUUCUCAACAAGUGGAUCGUUAUAGUACUUGCGUUUAUGAAGGCAACACAAUGGACCAAGAAAAGCCACUGACAUUCGCAGCUUCCCAUACUCAAAUAGUCUCCACAGAUGUGCCUGGUUCAGUUAAAGAAUUGCAGUCCGAGAGCAUACAAUCAAGUUUCAGCUCGGAUUUUCAAGACGACAAAGGUGUGGAUGGAAGUGUCACAAGCAAGUUCCAAAAAUCUUUGAAUUCGACUGGUUAUAGAGUCAUAACAGAAGAAAGUCAUAUGAUGCCGUCAACGAGUUCUGAUGAUGAACAAUUCCUUUUCAGUGAUUUUGAUGUUUCAAAAACCAAGGAAAUUGGAAAUGUUGAGUCAGACGGCCAAGAUUGUAAUGAUAAAGAAGAUGAUCCGAGUAGCAUUGAUGAAGAGAAUAUAUUUGUAAAUAGAAAUACUGAGAUAUGCGCUUCUCCAGAUGGUCACGAGAUCUUCAAUCAGGGGAUGGCAAGUCCCAUCACAAUUCCCCAAAGUCAUCCAAUUUCUAGCAAAGAAGUUGAGCGUCAGGCAGCUUCAUUACCCAAUAUGCAGGCUGGCAACAACAAUCCAAUUGACUGUGAGAUUAAUUAUUCUCAAAGCCAUUCUGUAGACUCAAAUUCCGAAUCAUUCAAGUGGAUGGAAUUAUGUAAAGAUAAUUCAAGCUCCAAGUUCGGUGGAGGUGGAGAACAGAAAGUGGAAGAGGAACAGUCAAAAACCGAAGAAUCCCUGGUUUCAGAAGAACUCAAAAGUAUUCUUCCUAACACUACAGUGGGUAGUCCAGCAGAAGCUACUGUUGACCCAGUUGGAAAUUGGAAACUUUGGCCUUUCUCUUUCAAAAGAUCUAAUUCCAGGAAAGCAACUCAAUCAGCUGUUGACGAUUACACAAAUUUUGAUAUUAAGAAGGCUUCAGAUAAGAACAUUGGCAUGGAUGGAGAAGCAAGUAUCUUUAAGCACAAGGAAGAGAAAAAGAUGGUUAGGUCCAUAUCGCCAACAUCAGAGCAGCUGGCGUCCUUAAAUCUCAAGGAAGGGGGAAACAUGGUAACUUUCACAUUCUACACUCCAGUUCUGGGGAAGCAACAGGUUGAUGCCAGGAUUUAUUUGUGGAAAUGGAAUACUCGCAUAGUGAUAUCAGAUGUGGAUGGGACAAUAACAAGAUCGGAUGUUCUGGGUCAAUUUAUGCCCUUUGUUGGAAUGGAUUGGUCACAGACGGGUGUUACAAAUUUAUUUUCAGCUAUAAAGGAAAAUGGGUACCAAUUGCUUUUUCUUAGUGCACGUUCAAUUUCUCAGGCCUAUCACACCCGUCAAUUUCUUUUCAACCUUAAGCAGGAUGGAAAGGCUUUGCCAGAAGGGCCUGUUGUUAUCUCCCCUGACGGGCUUUUCCCUUCCCUAUUUCGAGAAGUUAUUCGGCGGGCUCCUCAUGAGUUCAAGAUUGCAUGCUUGGAGAGAAUCAGAGAACUAUUUCCUCCAGACUGCAAUCCAUUUUAUGCUGGUUUUGGAAACAGGGAUACUGAUGAAUUCAGCUACCUCAAAGUUGGUAUACCAAGAGGAAAAAUCUUCAUUAUCAAUCCCAAGGGGGAGGUUUUUGUAAACCGUCGCGUCGACACAAAAUCGUAUGCAUCCCUUCAUACUCUUGUCAAUGGCAUGUUUCCUCCCAUAACCUCGUCCGAACAGGAGGACUUCAAUUCAUGGAAUUACUGGAAACUACCACCUCCCAUGGUAGAUUUUUAAAGUUGUCCACCUGAAAUAUUCCCGUUAUGCCGAAGAUCUCCUUGAAGCCGGGCAUCAUCUCUGCGCUAACAUAUUUCAGAUGGGUUUCUUAGCUAAAUUCAUUGGUGGAGAUUAUUAAACUCUUGGAUCCAUUGACAAUCGGUCGAAUCGAUUGCCGCCAAAAUUUUCCUGCAGAAUGAAUCAGUCCAUAUUUCUUGCUGAUCUCUGCUGAGUUGAAAUUUUUGUGUAACAUACUUGAUAUAGUGUUACUGUACAGUCUGUUGUUUCGAUCCACCAAGAGUUUAGCUUUUGUAAGUAUGUAGUUGAAAUGCAUAGGUAAAUAAUUAAGUUCCAUAAGUUUAUGUAUUUAUUUCCUUUUAGGGAAGAAAUUGAGAGGAAAAUCCUUGAAACGUGGAAUAAAUUCCCAUCUUCUUGUUUGCUUGUUUUGUACA